UAGUAUAGGUGGAAGUUUGCUAAGGUAUUUACCUAAACCAAAGGUUAGUUAAGGUAGUUGAGCUUCAAGCCAGCAGAAUUUUUCCACAUUUUUUCCCACAUUUCCUCAAUCUUUCCCCCCUAUAAAUCUCCCCUUCCAUCACAGCCACAACAAAAUCCUUAAAUCCAUACAAAACCAAUCAUCAAAACCCCAAGAAAACUACACACAUCUAUCUCCAUGGCUUUUCCAGGCAUGAUUUCUGCACUACUGUUGGCCAUUUCAUUGGCUCUCCCUCUAAACGCGCAAAUCAACAGCCCUUGCACUGCCUCCAUGCUCACCUCCUUCACCCCUUGCCUGAAUUUCAUCACAAACAGCAGCCCCACCGGCGGCUCCCCCUCUUCAGACUGCUGCAACAUCAUGAAAUCUGUGAUGGGCAAUGGCGUCGGUUGCCUCUGCUUCAUUGCUGCCGGUGGCAUUCCCUUUCAAGUCCCCAUCAACCGCAAUCUCACCCUCUCGCUCCCCCGGGCUUGCCAGACUCCAGGCGUCUCCGUCCAGUGCAAAGUUGCAGCCUCUGGAACCCCCACUGCAGCUUCAAGUCCUGCUGCUGCUGUGUCACCUGCUCCCGGGCCAUCUCGAGGUCCUGGAGGUGAUGAUGUUCAGAAGCCACUGUCACCAAGUUUGGCACCAGAAUCUGAUGCCCCUCCAUCUCCGACCACAGUUUCUGAAACUCCGGCCACAAAUACCGGCAGCCGAGUCUCUCCGACGCCAUCUGCCGCCCCGUCUCGGUGCCCAUCACCUUUGCUUAUGGUGGCAGUACUUGGAGGAGCACUUGUUUUCAAGCUGUAUUAGUUUCAGUGUCUGUGCUGAGUUUAGCCCUUUUGUGACCACUUUUUUGUUGGCUUUACAGCUGCCUAGCUUGGAUUUUUUAUACUCAAAAGUCAUAAUUUGCAUCUCUGAAUCUUUGAUUUGUAACUAUUAGUACUGAAAAACAAGAAAUAAAAUGAUUUGAAUAGCAGAAUUCUUCCCAGUUUAUAUGAGUUAGCAGAGCUGAGAGUUGAAAUGAAAUGGUCACCUUCAUGCCUGCUUA